AUGCUGAGGUUUGUCGUGCUGACCUGUGUGCUGUGCAUGGGAGGACACGCUGCGGCUGGACAGAGAGAUGGAGAAAUUAUCAGUCAGAUUAAAAUGACGAACCUGGCGCUGGCUGAGAUUAAAGAGCUUUUGAAACAACAGAUUAAAGAAAUCGUAUUCCUGAAGAACACUGUGAUGGAGUGUGAGGCCUGUGGGAUGGGAGGAAUGCAGCCUCGUCCCUCCUGCAUUCCCAAUCCCUGCCACCCAGGGGUGAAGUGCAUGGAGACACCUCAGGGUAUAAAGUGUGGACCCUGUCCUGAUGGCAUGGAGGGGAACGGUACACACUGCACUGAUGUAGACGAGUGCAUGGUGAUGCCUUGCCACAUGGGCGUACGCUGCAUCAACACCUCCCCUGGUUUCCGUUGUGGUUCCUGUCCUGCUGGAUACACCGGCCCCCAGGUCCAGGGUGUCGGGCUUGCCAACGCCAAAGCCAACAAACAGGUGUGCAAAGAUAUCAAUGAGUGUGAAGGCCCCAACGAUGGAGGCUGUGUGGCUAACUCUGUCUGUAUGAACACACCUGGAUCGUUCAGGUGUGGUCCAUGUAAGACAGGCUACGUUGGGGAUCAGAGGCGUGGCUGUAAGCCUGAGAGAGCUUGUGGAAAUGGCCAACCCAACCCCUGUCAUGCCAGCGCUGAGUGCAUCGUCCAUCGAGAGGGUACAAUCGAGUGUCAGUGUGGAGUUGGAUGGGCAGGCAAUGGCUACCUCUGCGGGCUUGACAUUGACAUUGAUGGUGUCCCUGAUGAGAAACUAGACUGCCCCGAGAGAAACUGCAACAAGGAUAAUUGUCUCACAGUGCCUAACUCUGGUCAAGAAGAUGCUGACGGAGAUGGAAUUGGAGACGCCUGCGAUGAGGAUGCAGAUGGGGAUGGGAUCCCCAACACACAGGAUAACUGUGUGUUGGUGCCUAAUGUGGACCAAAGGAACAUUGACGAGGACGACUUUGGCGAUGCUUGUGACAACUGCAGGGCCGUCAAAAACAACGACCAAAAGGACACCGAUGUGGACAAAUUUGGUGAUGAAUGUGAUGAAGACAUUGAUGGUGAUGGGAUCCCCAAUCACCUGGAUAACUGCAAAAGGGUGCCCAACACUGACCAGAUAGAUCGUGAUGGAGACAAAGUGGGAGACGCCUGUGACAGCUGUCCGUAUGUUCCAAACCCUGAGCAGACGGACGUGGACAACGACUUGAUUGGAGACCCCUGUGACACUAACAAGGACAGUGACGGUGACGGUCACCAGGACUCUCGAGACAACUGUCCAGCCGUCAUAAACAGCUCCCAACUGGACACAGACAAGGACGGUAAGGGAGACGAGUGCGACGAUGACGACGAUAAUGACGGCAUUCCAGACCUGCUGCCACCUGGACCUGAUAACUGCCGUCUGAUCCCCAACCCCUUGCAGGAGGACUCUGAUGGCAAUGGUGUGGGUGAUAUAUGUGAGAUAGAUUUUGACAACGACACCAUCGUGGACACCAUUGAUGUUUGUCCCGAAAACGCCGAGGUCACCCUCACUGACUUCAGGGAGUACCAGACUGUUGUUUUAGACCCAGAGGGAGACGCACAGAUAGACCCCAACUGGGUGGUGCUGAACCAGGGAAGAGAGAUUGUGCAGACCAUGAACAGUGAUCCUGGCCUAGCUGUUGGUUACACUGCUUUCAGCGGAGUGGAUUUUGAAGGGACGUUUCAUGUGAAUACGGUAACAGAUGACGACUACGCAGGAUUUAUCUUCGGGUACCAGGACAGCUCCAGUUUCUACGUGGUCAUGUGGAAGCAGGUGGAACAGAUCUACUGGCAGGCAAACCCUUUCAGAGCUGUGGCAGAGCCGGGCAUACAGCUCAAGGCCGUCAAGUCCAACACAGGUCCAGGUGAGAACCUGAGGAACGCUCUGUGGCACACGGGAGACACGAGUGACCAGGUCAAACUCCUCUGGAAGGACUCGCGCAAUGUUGGCUGGAAGGACAAGACUUCUUAUCGCUGGUUCCUCCAACACCGACCCGCUGAUGGAUACAUCAGAGUUCGUUUUUACGAGGGUCCACAGAUGGUGGCGGACACUGGAGUCAUCAUAGACACCACAAUGAGAGGAGGUCGACUAGGAGUCUUCUGCUUCUCCCAGGAGAACAUCAUCUGGGCCAACCUGCGUUACCGCUGUAAUGACACUAUUCCUGAGGACUUUGACACCUACAGAGCCUGGCAGGUCCAGAUAGCUAUCUGAUGACAUCAACCAAGCUUAGGGGAUUCUGGGAAAGAUAUCCACACACUGGGAUCAGAAAUGUCACCAA